GGCAGGGACAGAGACAUAAGAGGGUCGGCUACCAACAACCAUGGCUGAAUCCAACGAGCAACUAAAGCCCUCGACUCUGUUUGAUCUGACGGACCGCGUCGCCGUCGUCACGGGCGGUGGCACGGGCAUCGGCCUGAUGCAAGCCCGCGGUCUGCACGCGGCGGGCGCCCGCGUCUACCUCGUCUCUCGCCGCGGCGAAGUGCUGGACAAUGCCGUCAAGUCCUGGGGUUUCGCCGGCUACCUCACCGCCGACAUCACCAGCAAGGCCGAGAUCGAACAGCUGGUGCAAGACUUUGAGAAAAAGGAAGGCCGCGUCGACAUUCUCGUCGCCAACGCCGGCGGACCCGGGCCGACGCACUUUGGCGCCGACACGUCGUUCCCCGACCACUCGAUGGAGCCGGGCAAGGGCCUGAAGCCCAAGAGCGCGCAGGACUACAAGACCGAGGUACUCAAGGACCAGGACUUCAAGGACUGGGACGACCUGUUCCGGCUCAAUGUCAGCCAGCACAUGUUCCUUGCCGUGUCUUUUUUACCCCUCCUCGAUCUCGGCAGCAAGCGCGGCCUGGGCCUGCCCGAGGGGAAAAAGUACACGGCGACAUUCAUCACGACGGGCAGCAUCUCGGGCACGGUCAAGCAGGGCCAGAUGCACUACGCCUACAAUGCAUCCAAGGCCGCGGCCAACCACCUGACCGAGACAAUCGCCUUUGAGUUUACGCAGAGCACGACGGCAAAGGUGCGCGUCAACUGCAUCGCCCCGGGCGUCUUUCCCUCCGAAAUGACCGGCGGCGGCCGCGACGAAAAGAACCGGAGUGACAUCAGCGACCAGAUGCCCACGAUGAACGUGCCCGCCCAGCGGCCCGGCAAGACCGAGGACAUGGCAAUGUCGGUGCAGUACCUGGCGGCAAACGAGUUCAUGCACGGAAACGUGCUCACCGUCGAUGGUGGAUUCACCCUCACGGCGCCUUGAUCGGGCGAGCGCUCGAGAAUUUCAAUCACGCAGUAAUGCGCACCUUCUUGGAAAAAAAAAAAAC